AUGUGCGUCUCCCCCUUCCUCCUUGCCGACCCCGCCGUCCUCGGACUGAUCGUCUCUCUCUCUCGCAGGUGCGGCAUCGCCUUUGCCGUUCGGCGGACUUCUUCGGCAUCAAGUAAUGAUGGAGCACACGCGCGGUCAUGGGAUACUGUUGUGCGGGCGGUCCAGGAUCGAGGUGCGCCCAGAAUCUCUCCCUCUCGCCGAGACGGCCCGGAAGCUGACUUUCGCUUUACAGGGCCCGACGACAGCCGUCAGCUCGGUCAAGAUGUGGAGACGGAGCGAGGCAUCAGCUAUCAUCUCGACUUUCACGCCUCGGUCCUGCACAUGCGCGGCGACAACCUCACGGCCCAGCCUUUCGUCCGCGACGGCAACGUCCUUCUCUGGAACGGCGAGGUAUUUGACGGGCUCAAGGUCUCGCCGCACGAGAACGACGGGCAGAAGCUCUUCGAGCAGAUCCAGCACCACGGCCCGUCACGGUUCUUCGCCUCUAUCCGGGACGUCGAGGGUCCAUACGCCUUCAUCUACUACGAGGCGUCGACCAGGCGCAUCUACUUUGCGCGUGACCCGCUCGGACGCCGUUCCCUCCUCUUUCACCUCCCGACGGCCGACUCGCCCACGUUCUUCCUCGCCUCGGCUGCGCCAGGAGGCGAAUCUCCUCUUCAAAACUGGACCGAGGUCGCGACCGACGCUGUCCACCUUAUCGACCUGCGAGACGAGGGCCUGCUAGACUCGCUCAACGGUCGGCCUUCUUUCUCGUCGGUGCCUCGGCGGCCAAAGGGCGCUCGUCAAGAGUCCGAGAAUACGCUCAUCUAUCCCUACGACCCGCUCGUCACAACCCUCCCUCGACCCGACGACCUCACCCCGUCCUCACCGCGCGACCCGUCCGAGCCCGUCGUCACCCCUCGACUCGCCCAACUCGUCGAAUCCUUCCUCGUCGAGCUCGAGCGAGCCCUGCGCGCUCGUGUCACGACCAUCCCUCCCUUCCCUGCACCACCCGACGCUCGCGUCGCCGUCCUCUUCUCGGGCGGGCUCGACUGCACGGUCCUCGCCGUCGUCCUCGACCGGGUCUUGCCCGACGGCGAGGCCAUCGACCUCGUCACGGUCGCGUUCGAGAACCCGCGCAAGAUCAAGGCGCAGAACGUCCUCGGCGCCAAGAGCAAGGGCAAGGCGCCACCUAUCUACGACGUGCCCGACCGCGUCACGGCCCGCAACAGCUGGGAGGAGCUCAAGCGGUUACGGCCAGAGCGACGGUGGAAUCUCGUCGAGGUCAACGUGCCUUAUCGAGAGAUGCUCGAGCACCGACAGGCCGUCAUCGACCUCAUGAAGCCGCAGCGCACCGUCAUGGACCUCAGCAUCUCGAUCGCGUUCUGGUUCGCCGCUCGAGGGCGCGGCCAUCUUUCGCAGUUCGACUCGACCCGUCCCUCCUCACCGAGCCGCAGCGCCGACCUCGAUCCUCCUCCGCCGUACCACUCGCAAGCACGCGUUCUCCUGAGCGGGCUCGGCGCCGACGAGCAGCUCGGCGGCUACGCGCGGCAUCGACGGGCAGCUCAGCCUCGCCCGACCGACUCGACCUCGACCGGACCCGAGCGCUUCUCCAAGCCCGCCGAGCUCGACAAGCUUGACACGCCCAACGAGCUCGACAAAGCCGACCUGCCCUCAUCCGACUCGCCGCAGCAAAACUGGCCGGCUCUACUCGCCGAGCUGCAGCUCGACGUCGACCGCCUCCCGACCCGGAACCUCGGUCGCGACGACCGCGUCGUCUCGUCGCACGGCAAGGAGGCGCGGUACCCGUACCUCGCCGCGCACGUCGUCGACUACCUCGCGCACGUGCCCGUCUGGCUCAAGGCCGACUACCGCUUCCGCGAGGGCGUGGGCGAGAAGAUGCUGCUGCGCCUCCUCGCCAAGCGGCUGGGGCUCGAGCGUGCGGCGUCGUUGCCCAAGAAGGCCAUCCACUUUGGCGUCAACACGGCCAAGAUGGAGCUCGCGGCGGGACGGUCAAAGGGCACGGACCUCUUGCCGUAGCGAGACUGUGCAACCUUGUGCGCUCGCUCUCGCGCUC